GUCUCCAUCUUGACAGGAACAGUAACUUCAAGUCGGUCCUUUUGAUUAGAUUGUUUGUUCAUUCUUCAAUUGACCUUUGACGUGUUCGCAGAGCGAUCAGAUUGACGCCUUCAAGUCUUGCUUUACUACUUCGUAUUGCUCUCACAUUAACCCCGCCACAGUUGCGUGGCUGUGCCAUUGAACCUCGAAUCUUUUCAUUUCCAAAACAUCACUCAAUCGAUUCACGAUCAGCCAUCUCGGCGCCUUCCACUGGCUCAACCAGUGCGCUCCUCUUAUGUUGCCCUCACCAAGAUAGUCACUACCUAUUGACCCGGCCUGGGUGACGGCCACCACCGGCCAAGAUGUUGGAAGGACUGGUAGCCAACCUCCUCAACCGCUUCUUGGGUAUGUACGUCAAGAACUUUGACCCGAAGCAACUCAAUGUCGGCAUCUGGUCUGGAGAUGUCAAGCUACGAAACCUCGAGCUCAAACGUGAAGCUCUUGACCAGUUACAUCUGCCAAUCAAUGUGGUCGAAGGUCGAUUGGGCGAGCUGACUCUGUCGAUACCGUGGUCAAAUCUUCGCGGAAAGCCUGUGAGAGUCAACAUCGAAGACGUCUUUCUGCUUUCGGCCCCAAAGUCCGAAGAUGACUACAAUGCCGAGGAAGAAGAAAAGCGCGCCGUGGCUGUCAAGCUGGAAAAGCUGGAGAGCGCCGAGCUGUUGAAGGAGCGGAACACGGAGGCCAUGAGUCCGGAAGAACAGCAGAAGAACCAGAGCUUCACUCAAAGUCUGGUCACGGCCAUCGUCGACAAUCUUCAAGUCAGCAUCAAAAAUGUCCACAUACGCUACGAAGACUCAAUAGCCACCCCAGGCCAUCCAUUCGCGGUGGGCUUCACGCUCAAAGAGAUGAGUGCCGUCAGCACGGACUCAGAAUGGCGGCCCACCUUCAUCCAGUCAAACUCAGGCACAACACACAAACUUGCCGUCCUGAACUCUCUAGCUGUCUACUGGAACAGUGACGCAGAGCUGUUUGGUACCGGAAAGGGUGGCGACGUUGGUGCAGAAGCGCAAGAAAUCGACAAGGACGACCUCAUCCGACGUUUCAAGGAGGGUAUCGAGGAUACCAGCAACUCUCAGUACUUGCUCAAGCCGGUCAGCGGACGUGCCGGUAUCGAAUUGGACAAGACUGGCAAACCCGACAAGCCCAAAAUCAAAGCACGCUUGCUGUUUCAGGAACUCGGAUUCAUUCUUGACGAAGAUCAGUACCGCGAUGCCCUCAUGCUCGUCGAUCUCAUGCACUACUUCAUCCGCCACCAUCAGUACAAGAAAGAACAACCCGAGAAGAGUCCGAAAGAAGACCCAAGGGCAUGGCUGAAGUUCGCCGGUACCGCGGUCCUCGACAAGAUCCAUGAUCGCAAUCGAAAGUGGACAUGGGACUACUUCAAAGAACGCAGAGAUAUGCGGCUGAAGUACAUUGACCUAUUCAAGAAAAAGAAGAAGGACCAAAAGUUGACCGACCAAGAGACGAAGGAUCUCAACGACCUCGAGUACCAAUUGAGCUAUGAAGAUCUGCGUUUCUGGAGGUCCCUCGCUCGGAGCCAGCUUCGGAAAGAGAAUGUCGGGGUCAAGAAGCCUGCGCAAAAGCAAACAUGGUCGCAAUGGGUCUGGGGGUCAAAGCCGACGGAGCAGCAAGAAGACGAAGACGCCGGCAUGACCGAGGAGCAGCGCAAGGAGCUUUACAAUGCCAUUGACUGGGACGAAAAGAAAGCCAUUGCCGAAAGCGUCGACCUGCCUCGAGAAACCAUCAAGCUGCAACUGGAAUCGAGUCUAAGGACCGGAAGUUUUACACUCAAGCGAGAUCCUCAUGGCAAAGGAAACGAGGUCCUCAAACUCGUCUUCGACAACUUCAAAGCCAAGGCCCUCCAGCGCCCGGAUUCCUUCUUGGCCGAUUUGGCACUCGGCGGCUUCCGUGUGUACGACGGUACCACGGAGGGGAGCCUGUUUCCCCAGAUCGUCAAGGUGAAGGGGGUAGAAGACCAGCCAAAGGAUGAGUCCAAACAGGACGCCGAACAGGACAGUCUUGAAGAAAACUCCGACGUCGACGAAAAAUCUUCAGAGACGGAAGAGGUCGAAGAUAGCCUGUUCCAUCUGGUCUUCGAAAACAAUCCGCUUGAUGAAAGUGCCGACACCAAGGUCAUGUUGAAGCUGAAGAGUCUCGAAUUCAUCCACAACCCAAAGUUUGUGGUGGAGAUAGCCAAGUUCUUCAAACCUCCAGAGCGCCAUAUGGAGUCAAUCGGUGCUCUCCUGGAGACCGCUGGUGCAACAGUGGAGGAGAUCAGACAACAAACCCGGGCCGGCCUCGAAUUUGCCCUAGAGGAGCAUAAGACCAUCAAUGCGAAUCUGGACAUUCAGGCACCCAUCUUCAUCAUCCCCGAGAGCAUCACGGAAGAGAGCACACUCUGCAUGAUUCUGGAUGCCGGACAUGUCAGCCUCAACAGCGAACUCGUGGACAAGGAGACAAUGAAGGACAUGCGUUCCAAGCAAAAACAGACUUACACCGAGGAAGACUACAAGCAGCUUGAGGGCUUGAUGUAUGACAAGUUCCAUCUGAAGCUUGAGUCUACGCAAGUCCUGAUAGGGCCUGGUAUCGAAGCUACAAGAGCGCAGCUGGAAGAUCCAGACGAUGCACGGAAUAUGCACAUCAUCGACCGCAUCAGCAUGGCUUUCCUGCUUGAGAACUCCAUUGUCCCUAAGGCUCCGGACAUCACGAAGAUACGAAUUUCCGGGACACUGCCUGUUCUCCACGCCUCGAUAUCGGACAAGAAGUACAAGAAUCUGAUGAGGUUGCUGGAAGUCGCGAUACCAAAGUUUGAAAACUCGGAACCGGAGACGACCAGGGCUGAGCAGGCCACUGAAGCCCACAAAGAGCCGGACGACAUCAGGUCAAAGAGGAAAUCAGUGCAGUUGCUCGAAGCGAAGAAUGUGCCAAUCAUUGACCCAGAGUCCGAUGCUGAGGACACCCAAACUCAGAAAAUCACCGAGUCUGGAACAUCCGAGACGCCAGCCAACAUACAUCAACGCAAUUUCGAAAUCAAUUUCACGGUCGAGAAGCUGCAAGCCUCGCUGUACAAGGCCGACCCCGAAGGCAAGAACCCGGAUCAGCUUCUGGUCGAACUCGUGGCAGAGCAUUUCUUCUUCGACUUCUACCUACGUCCAUAUGACAUGGUAGCAGAAGUGCUACUGCGAUCUCUGACUGUGGAUGACCACAUCGAAGAGCACCCUCUACCGGAGUUCAAGCAGAUCAUCUCAUCCAAAGGGUACAAGGCUGAAGAAGGCAAAGACUUGCUCAACGUCAAGUUUGUGAAAGUAAAUCCAGAGUCGCCGGAAUUCAAGUCCACCUACGAGGGAGUCGCAACCAAUUUGGACGUCUCAGUGUCGACGAUCAACGUCAUCGUGACCAGAAGGACGCUGCUGACCUUGCUUGACUUCGUGCUCACGACAUUUGCUGGGCCGCCAGACCAAAGCCAAGGACAAAUUGAUGAGGACAAGUCGAAGAGCGAAGCCGACACAGCAGAGGAUCCGCCACAGCCGAAGCCGCAGCAAGACAAAAUCAGGAUCAAGGCUGCGUUGACAAGUAUAGCACUUGUCUUGAACAACGAUGGCGUGCGGCUGGCCACAUUGUCGCUCAAUUCCGGUGAUGUGGGCGUGUUCCUUGACGCUGGAACAAUGCAGGUUAAGGCAAGGUUGGGCAGUCUGUCCUUGGUCGACGAUGUUAACCAAGGAGCACCUGAAGACUCGCCCUUGCGCCGGCUAAUCGCCAUCGAGGGAGACGACCUGGCAGACUUCAAGUACCAGACAUUCGACUCUUCUCGGGCCAACUACCCCGGCUAUGAUUCUGGAAUCUACUUGCGUUCCGGUUCCAUCAAGGUCAACUUUUUGGAGGAACCAUUCCGAAAGAUCAUGGAAUUUGGUGUCAAGUUCGGAAAAAUGCAAGCCAUUUUCAAUGCGGCCAGGCAAGCUGCUGCAGAACAAGCCACGCAAGUGCAAGAGAGCGCCCAGAAAAUGCAUUUCGACGUGGUCAUCAAGACUCCGAUUGUGGUUUUCCCGAGAGCAAUGGUUGAUGACAGACCGCGUGAUCUACUCACUGCCCAUCUCGGGGAGAUCUACGCCAAUAACAAGUUCGUUGGAGUCCAAGGACACAAAGGGGGUCCCCUCGUGAACAAGCUAUCCGCCGGCAUCAGACACAUUCGGCUGACAACUGAAUUUCAUUAUGAUGAUGGUCAAUCCGAGGAACUGGAGAUGAUUGACCAGGUCGACCUGGAUUUCAAAAUCAGAUACCUGGAGCAUCAAGCUGGUAUUGAGAGACCAGACCUGGAAAUCGAUGGCUCGAUGUCUCCUAUCAACCUGCGCGCUUCCCAGACUCAAUUCAAGUUGCUAAUGGAGCUCUCGAAGACCAUCCCAGCAGCCUUCGCCACUGAUAGCGAAUCCGAGGAAGAAAUUGCAGAAGAGUUGCCCUCUUCCACGACUGAAACCGCCAAAGCGGUACAGCACGAAGAGAAACCCUCAGAGGAAUUGGCCGAACCAACCUACCAAGGCCCUGAGCUUGGCUCAAGCGAUGAAACCUGGACAAAACUGAACUUUGUGUUCAAAGCUCCCACGAUAAGUCUCGAGCUCUUCUUAGCAGAAGAGAAUCAGCCAACCGAGAAUUUUGAGGCCGCGAGCAUUUCCAAAUUUUCUCUUAAUGAAACGAACGUCAAACUACGCAUGGUCAGCGAUGGUGCUAUGGAAGCUGAGCUCCUCAUCCACUCCUUCACUAUUCGCGACAGCCGCAAAAAGGAGACCAACAAGUUCCGGAAGAUUAUGUCCUUGAUCAACACCGACGUCCAGCAACAAUUCAUGGCCAGCAUAUCUAUAACUGGCGGGCAAGAGAGACACAUGAUUGUGAUGUUGACCAUCGAUAGCCCUCGUAUAAUCGUUGCUCUGGACUACAUCUUCGCCCUUCAGGCGUUUGCCAAUGCAGCAUUCCAAUCUGAUGAACCACCGGCUAUUGCAGAGGUGGAAGAUUUGACCGACGAUGGCGACCUCGAGAGUCCCGCAGAACAGCGCGAGGAGCCACAUGCUGCAUCAGACGAUGAUUCCACCGAGUCUUCGAUGUCCAUGUCUUUCCGGAUUAAUGUCGUCGAUGCUCAAAUCAUUCUGAUAGCAAACCCAACCAUUUCCAACACCGAGGCCAUUGUGCUUGGUACCAAAGAGGUACUUGUUGGAAAGCAGAAUGCCACGACGCUGCAAGUUUCAAAGGUCGGCAUGUUUCUGUGCCGCAUGGAUAAGUUCGAAACCAGUCGCCUCCGAAUUCUGGACGACUUCAGCAUCUACAUGUCCAUGGACAGUCGGAGCCAAGGCAAAGAUUCCUCUCUGACUUCGAUCAGUAUUGAGGUCGAGCCGCUCGUCCUCCGCCUCUCACUCCGAGAUAUCUUGCUUGCUAUGCAGAUCGUCCAAAAGGCCUCCUCUACAAUGCCACAACCCAAGGUACAACAAGACACAGAACCUAAGAAGAUCAAGGAUGUCAAAGCGUCAUCAGACGCACCAUCAACCAAACGAAAGUCAAUAGCAGGGCAGACAAUGACGACGGCGAAGAAAUCUAAGAGGUCAAAAUCCGUCAACAAGAUCGAUACGAAACAGCCACCCAGAAGGUCUGUGGUCAUGAGCAGAGAAGAACUGAUCGCAACAAUCGAUGGCAUCAGGGUCAUCCUCAUUGGUGAUCUCCACGAACUUCCGCUGCUAGAUUGGAGCGUCAAGAAGUUCCAGGUUGAUGUCAGAGAUUGGUCUGGCGCAAUGGCGGCAGAUGCUAAGAUUGACACUUUCAUCAAUGUGUACAACUUCUCCAAGUCGGCAUGGGAGCCUCUCAUUGAACCUUGGAAAUUGGGCUUCCAUAUGUCCAAAGAGCUUCAUCCGGAGGCUCUGUCGAUGGAGCUUUACUCCCACAAGAAUAUGGAGCUUACGGUGACUUCGGCCACGAUAGCUCUGGCAUCCAAGUCGUUCAACUUCUUGUCCACAGACGAAGACAUCCUGUCGAAACCAAGAGUGGCGGAUGCACCCUAUCGGAUUCGCAACUACACCGGUUUCGACCUGAGCGUCUGGGCUGAUGAGAAGAGUGACAAUGCAGCUGCGGCUAAGCUGAGCGACGGUGAAGAAUAUGCGUGGCGCUUUGAGGACGCCACCUCAAUGCGAGAGAGCUUGACGCCCGAGGGCAACGCAGGAUUGGUGGGUGUCAAGUUGGAAGGAAGCGGUUUUGACAGUGUCAGUCGCAUCCCUGUCAUUCGCGAAGGAGAAACGCUGUACAACCUCAAGCCCAAGAAGGACAAUGUCCAACAUCGAAUGCUGGUCGAAGUCAGACUCGGGCCCGACAACGUGAAGUACAUCACCUUCCGUUCACCACUAUUGGUUGAGAACAAAACCCAAAUACCGAUAGAGGUAGGCGUGUUCAGUCCGGAGGAAGGCCAUCUCCUCAAGAUCGAGAAGGUGCCGCCUGGAGACGCAAGGCCCGCCCCUGUUGGAGCAGCUUUCGUGCACUCUCUCGUGGUGAGACCUGAUCAGGGCUUCGGCUACGGAUGGUCAAACGAGAGGAUGUUCUGGAAGGACCUGUUGAGGCGGUCUACAAGGACGCUGACUUGUGAGACUGAAGGAAGGGACGAGUCUCCUCCAUUUUUCUUCCAGAUGCAUGCAUCGUACGACAGGAAGGAUCCCAUGACCAAAAUUUAUCCGUACAUGAGGAUACAGAUAUCGGCACCAGUGGAAGUGCAGAACCUCCUACCAUACGAUUUCAAGUAUCGGAUCUACGACAAGAACACGAAGAAGGACUGGACCAACUUCCUACGCAAAGGUGGCGUCAGCCCGGUCCACGUGGUCGAGCUGUCCCACCUACUACUGCUCAGUGUUGAGAUCGAAGACACUCCGUUCAGGCAGAGUGACUUUGCCAUCAUCAACAGCAAUACUCAAGAGGAGUUCCGCCGUGAGAAAGCAGUACAACUGAAGGACGAACAAGAUGGUCAACUCAAACUCAAGCUCCAUUAUACCAACAUCAAGGACAGUGGAGGUGCAUUCAGAGUGUCAAUCUACAGUCCGUAUGUCCUUCUGAACAAGACCGGACUUGACAUGAGUGUUCACAGCAAGGCAUUCUUCGGAUCUUCAAAGACUUCGGCGUCUCAAGGUGCUCGAACCAGCUCUGGCCACGGAAAGGCGCUGCCCAUGUUAUACUCUUACGCGACAGACGACCGCAGGAACCGUUCCCUGCUCAAGAUUGGCGAUUCCAGUUGGAGUAAGCCGCAGAGCUUCGACGCCAUCGGCAGCUCCUACGAAGUGGUCUUGCCCUCCUCAUCAGGGAAAUCUGAACUGCACGUCGGGGUGUCAGUCACCGAGGGAGAAGGCAAAUAUAGCCUGAGCAAGGUUGUCACCAUUGCUCCUCGAUUCAUGCUCAAGAACAAGAUAGGAGAAGACAUUGAGCUGCGAGAACCCGGGUCCUCGGAUGUCCUGAAGAUGGGGAACAACGACCUUCUACCGAUGUACUUCAUGCGGCAGUGUCCUGAAAAGCAGCUUUGUCUUUGCUUCCCAGGCGUCAACAACCAGUGGUCGUCUCCCUUCGAUAUGGCGAAUGUUGGUAUGACUCAUGUCAAGCUUGCGAAACAUGGACAGCGACAGAAGCUCAUACGUGUGGAAAUCAUUCUGGAAGACGCAACACUGUUCCUGCACUUCAGCAUUGAGACCAAGCACUGGCCAUUCUCGAUGAGGAAUGAAAGCGACACGGAGUUCUUGUUCUUCCAAGCCAAUCCGAAUAUCGCGGAAGACGAGGAAGAGGAUCGAGGCAGCGGUUGGAAGCCCAUCCGAUACAAAUUACCUCCGCGGAGCAUCAUGCCUUAUGCCUGGGAUUAUCCUGCUUCCAAGAACAAAGAGCUUGUUCUUACUGCGCGAGGAAGGGAGCGAUACGUGAAGCUGAUGGAAAUCGGCAACCUGAUACCAAUCAAGCUACCGCCGGAUGAGCGUGGCGGGCCUGUGAAAGUGAUCGAUAUCAACAUUGUCGCCGAUGGACCAACCCAGACACUGGUGCUAUCGAACUACAAGCCAUCAAAGUCACUCUACCGACAGAAGACAGGUGCAACCAAUGCUUCACAGACGAGCCUCAGCCAGGGCUUCGAAGUCAAGCAGAUCGAAUCAGACCUAAACUUCAAGGCCGAGCUCCGGUUAGCUGGUAUUGGCGUCUCUCUGGUCAACAGCAAUCUGAAAGAGUUGAUGUAUCUCACCUGGCGUGAGAUUGAAUUCAAGUAUGGCGAAUCCAAGCUGUACCAAACGCUGAAUGCCACCAUCAAAUGGAUACAGAUCGACAAUCAGCUCUACGGCGGCAUUUUCCCGAUCCUGCUGUACCCAAGUGUCGUACCAAAGACUGGCAAGGAAAUGGAGACUCAUCCUAUCUUCCACACGAUGGUCACCCGCGUCAAAGAUGACUCGUACGGCGUGCUGUACAUCAAGUACGCGACUCUUCUGCUGCAACAAAUCACUGUCGAGGUGGAUGAAGACUUCAUAUUCGCCAUGCUUGACUUCUUGAAAGUGCCAGGUGCGUCCUGGGCUGAAGAGAAAGAAGGGAAGUUGUGCGACGAAGACCUCGAUAUUCCCGAACCUACACGAGAGCAUCAAGGGCAGGAUGUGUACUUCGAGCUCCUACAUCUGCAACCCAUUCAGCUGGAUCUUUCAUUCGUCCGAACCGAACAUGUCAAUGCGGAGGACAAUUUCGUCAACAGUCCUUUGAUGUUCUUUGUGAAUGUCAUGACUAUGUCGAUUGGCAAUGUCAACGACGCUCCCAUCAAGCUGAAUGCGUUGAUGCUUGAAAACGCAAGGGUGUCGGUGCCAGCAUUGAUUGCGAACAUUCAGAACCAUUACACGCAAGAAGUCCUUCGUCAAGUUCAUAUCAUUCUGGGUUCGGCCGACUUCUUGGGCAACCCAGUGGGCCUAUUCAACAGCGUGAGUUCUGGAGUUGCAGACAUCUUCUACGAACCGUACCAGGGCUUGGUGAUGACGGAUCGACCGCAGGAGCUGGGCAUUGGCAUCGCCAAGGGUGCCAGCAGCUUUGUCAAGAAGUCUGUCUUCGGUUUCAGUGACAGUAUGGCCAAGUUCACGGGUUCAGUAUCAAAGGGUCUUGCGGCAGCGACCAUGGACAAGGAAUUCCAGGACCAGCGACGAAUGUCCAAGAACCGCAAUCGGCCAAAGCAUGCUCUUUACGGCGUGACCUCCGGAGGCAACGCCUUUGCCGCAAGUAUGGCCAGUGGAAUCGGUGGACUGGCGCGACAUCCGCUUGAGGGCGCAGAGAAGGAGGGUGCGCUGGGCUUCGUCAAAGGUGUUGGCAAGGGCUUCCUCGGGUUGGCGACCAAGCCAGCCAUCGGUGCGUUCGAUCUGGCGUCCAAUGUCGCCGAAGGUGUUCGCAAUACCACGACCGUGUUCGACGCCGAGGGUCUCGACCGAGUACGUUUGACUCGAUUUAUCGGUAUGGACGGGAUCGUGCGACCGUACUCGCAGCGUGAGGCGCUUGGGCAGUUCUGGCUGAAGACAUGCGACGAUGGCAAGUACUUCAACGAGGAUUAUAUUGCGCAUCUGGAACUGGAAGGCCGAGAUAUGAUGGUCAUGAUCACGUACGAGCGCGUGCUCAUGAUUCGGACGAAGAAGCUGCGCAUGGAGUGGGAUGUCAAGUUGACGGAUGUACAAACUAUCAGCAAAGAGAGGACGGGCAUGAGUAUCGGUUUGAAAGGCGGCGCAAAUGGUCCGUUCAUCCCAGUGGCGGACGAGGGAAGCAGGAACUGGUUGUACCGGCAGAUUGCGAUUGCUGUGAAUGCGUUCAACGACAAGUAUAACGCCAAAGGAUGAUCGGGACGAAGUCAUGCUGAGAGGGCGAGGCAACGACGGCCUCGAUGGGAACACCAACAUCACACGGGUCCGGUCCCAGCUGGUAGGAACCAUGAGGCGGGACUUGCCCGGCAGCCUGCCAUGUUCUUGGUGUGGUAUCUUUUGAGGUUUUGGGACAAGAAGGACUGAGCGGUAUGCCUUCAUGCAUUGUAUCAUUACCAGCCGCAGACGAGUAUGAGUACAAAGAGUCAAUGUAGUACAGGUAAUGAUAAUCCAAGUCAUUGUCAUUCA